GGACUGUGCUUGGCACUCUCGCUAUCGGCGCGCUCGAGAACAACAUUGCCCUGCGUCGCGAUUUCGCCGCUCCGGCCGCAAGUCUCUUGUGCAAAUAUUUAUGUGCGGCGGCCGCACCUUCCGCCUGCUGCAAGUAGCACCACAAAUGAGGACUCGUAUGCUAACACGCAUCAACGUUUCCAGUGCCAAUAUCAAGGAGUGUACCUUUGGGAACGCUCGCCAAAACUGUCCCAAGGACAAAAGGAUGGAGCUUGAGCUUGCGGAGAGUUCAAUGGUGGCAGCGUUUGAUGCCCUCUGCGAGAACGAAGGAUCACUUCUUAAGACGGUCCUGAACACUUAUCAGUGCUGGAACUUCCCAGCGUUCUUCGGCUGCAUCCAGCAACUCCCACUGACGACUAAGAAUUUCGACUUCUUCGCGAAGAGGACAGAAAAAGAUUUGGAGGUACUGAAGAAGGAAUUGCCCAAGUGUGUCGCCCUUUCCAAGAUCAACAGCGCGCAGUGCGCACAGGUCGACGUGGGCUCAAUUGAAAAACUCAUCCACACUUUCAUCGGACGCACAGUGCCAGGGUACAACGCGGCCUCGCAAGCCUGUUUGAGCGCAGCUGCCCUGCUGUCUAUUGUCCUGGCUCUGGUUUUCACCAGAUCGAACUAG